GGGCUCUCGGGGCGAUAUCGCCGAAGUAGGUCCUAGCUCGAUUGGACUGUAUACGUUCAGUUUCCCCAGCCAUCUUGUAGAAAUCUAAAAGUAUGCUUUUUUGAGGUGUGUGUUAAUUUUAAAGGAUUUUUAAGUGAUCAGGAUUAUUUUAUGGGUAAUGUAAAGUGGCCAGCGCGAUAGUGUGAGUGGGGACGAUGUCGGCAGCUAUGCGCUCCACCCUUCAGACCGUGCCGGAAAGUCUGGAGGUGACCAAGAACGCCGACCCCACCAUCGGUUCCACUGGACAAACGACCAAAUCCUCCGCGAAGCCUAUUUUGUUGGAUGACAGAGCCUACAGGCCCCGUAAUUCUUCUUCCACCAAUAAGGUGUGGUUUCUUCAAAAUGAAAGAGCCAAUAAGUAA